CUCGUCAUGAGCAGGCUUGUCUGCACAGGAGCCCGGGCUGAAGGGGGUCGGGUGAAACGCGGGAAGCCUUUCAUGUUCUUGGAGCCAAGGUGUUGUCACAGGGUUGUUAGACCACCUGAUGCCUUCAGGAGAGCUGCUCUGCUUCCCUUCUAAUGAGCCCUCAGUUAACUUGCCUUCCUGGCCUUGUUAGUCAAGUGUAAGCAGGCUCCAAGGAGGACUUCUGGGUUUUUCUCUGGGAGAAUGAAAAGCUAUCAAAGAUCGCCCUGGGGGUAUUCCGAGAACAAAAAGUUAUUUAUUUUUAUGCCGCCUUCUUGCUCUCCAGUUAAAAUUAGGCGAUGAUACGUUUACUGAGCUAGAGCUUGAAAGAGAAGUAGAAGAUGCUGUAUGGUCUAUGCCAGAUGGCUCUUCCCGAUCAUUGGCCACAUGGGUAUCUGCACGUCAGCUGGAGUCAUUCGGGACUUUGCGGGACCGUACUACGUCUCAGAAGACAACAUGGCAUUUGGGAAGCCAGUGAAGUACUGGAAACUGGAUCCCAGCAAAGUGUACUCCACCAGUCCCAAUGCUUGGGACACAGCCGUGCAUGAUGCCUCGGAGGAGUACAAGCACCGAAUGCACAACCUUUGCUGUGAUAACUGCCAUUCUCAUGUGGCUCUGGCCUUGAACUUGAUGAGAUAUGAUAACAGCACCUCCUGGAACAUGGUCAAACUCUGCUUCUUCUCACUGCUGUAUGGGAAGUAUGUAAGCAUAGGAGGGUUUGUGAAGACCUGGCUUCCCUUUGCCCUCUUCUUGGGGGUGAUCCUGACGGUUGUUCUGACUCUUCAUUUGCGGUGAUGGCAACUGUGAACUCCCCGUUCCACGGGCACAUGAAGGAGGAAACUGUGGCUGCUUGAUCCAGCAAGAUGGAGGUGUGGGACUCUGGGAGGCAUUUACUAGGGAAAGCGUCAGCUCCACUCCAUAGUAACAGCUCUCAUCUUUGUUUCCUGGGACUGGCUUCUUUUCCUUCUGUUUUUAUUCUGUCAGUGGUGUCUCCCAGUGUUGGGGUCCUGAAGCCUCUUGAUCUCUCCCUGAACAUGCUCCCUUUCUGCAUUUUGUUAGGUAGAAAUGCAAUUGGGAAAGAAGAGGGAUGGACACCUUUUCUUUCAGUGUGAGAUAAGGCUGCAAGGCUAACCCCGUCUCCUGGUUCAAGAGCACAAGCAGAUACGCCUUGUAAGGUUCUCUCUGAUCACCUGGUUUCUUCCUCUUAGCAGACUUCAUCAGAUGCUUCCUCAGGUUUCCUGAGUCUCCAAGGGGGAGAAGUUGUUUCCCUACUGCAUGACUCCUCUGUAGCACAUGUUUCAAAGUGGAGGUGUGGGGCUCCUCCAGGGGAUGUACAGUGCCACAACACUUGCUGACAGCCUCCCCUGUAGUGAAAGAAGAGUGCUGAUGGCAGGGCUCCUCUGAGGAGAGGAACGCUGUGGCGGGGCAAAUUCAUCUGAUCCUGCUAGUGAGCCCAGAAAGGCAGGAAAGCAGAUUGACUGGCUUGGGCGCGGCUCAUGGCAGUCGGCACACUUUCAGUAGCAUGUUGCAGAAAUGGGCCAAAUCUCUUUUAGCUUGUGCCAGAGAAAAUAAAGCUUCCCUGCUGCUUCUGUGCUCUGAAAUUGUCAUUACACGUCUCACAAGCCACCAGCUUUCCCUUGAACCGUACUACUUCAUGUAUCACAGCUUAACUGCCGAGGUGGCUGCAGCAGCAGGUAUGCGCCAACAGACGGCUUAAUGUGGGGUUUUGAAAGCAUCCAUGCCUUGGAGAGCAGUACCUCAGUCCUGAGCUUAUUGGAGGCACCAGAUUAAAAGAGGAGGUGAAGGGUUUGAAUGACUGCCAUAUUCCAGUGCUUGGGCUGUGCAGUGGCAAACGAGGGCGCUAGCUUUCUUGUAGCUGGUUCCAGGACGGUGAAGAGGAAGAUCUGCUAACUUCCUUGGCAUGCUUUGAAGAGGAGAGUGCUUUGGCACACCUGGUGUAAAAACACUUUGCAGCACUGGCUUUGAACAUGAGAAAUGCCGGUCUGGCAGCCUUGGGGAUCUGAUGGUCUUUUUGAGCCGUAAGAGUGGGCAGGGGGUACCGGAGGGACAGGUUGCUUCUGACUGCUAAGCAGGAAAUAGGCUUGGAUGUGACCCAGAGCUGAGUCCAGGGCAAGAGGCACAGGUCUUUGUGUUGAGGCUCUGGCCUGCAGAUGCUGCUCUCUGUGGGGCUAUUAGGCAGGUGACUUUUUUUAAAAAGUGUGGCUGAUGGGUUAUGGGCAGUUGAGCACAUUUCCUCAGACUGCAAAGCAAGAGUUAGUUUUUCCAGGCACGCCUUGCCAGGCCAGCUCUUUACUCCAGGACCUGAUGGUUUUCAGCCUCAAGGAGUCCUCGUAGCCAGCAGGAAAGCUCUUAUUGACUGCAUAUCAUCCUUGUGGCUUCCUCUGACUUUUAACAGCCAGCGGGGUGACUGUGAAUGGGCUCUCAAAUUGUCCCUGUGUGUCUCCCCAUCCACUUUCAUCUCCCUGGCUCCCCUAGCCAUAUGGGAAGACUGGGGCCUCUUCUUGGGCUUCACCAUUUUCUCCUCCUCCUGUGUCAGUCACUUUUAAACAGUCCCUUAAAUCUCCCCUUCUCUCUGGCAUCUAAUUGUCUCUUUCUCAUCUGGUGCUGGUGUUUCUGGGAUGGAAGGGAGGAUGUGUGCAGACUUCUGUGCCCUCCCUCUUGCUCCUGGAACUGAAAUAGUCAUUGGUGUCUCCUGUGUGCAGUCAUUUCAAGCCUGAGUGGAGAGCGGGCUGGAAGAUGCUGAUAGCUGGGUCUGGGGCUGAUUAGAAAGCCAAGAUCUUGCAUCAAAGAGAACCUUACAAUGAAAGGAUGAUGUCUUACUGAGUUAUCCUGCGCUGCUGUGGUUCCUACCCAGCGAGCCUGCCAGUUAACGUGCCCUAGGACUAGCCAGCUGAACAGGAGAGAGGAGUCGUUUGCCCCAGUUUUUAAUUUUUUAAAUAUGGUUUCUCAGAGUGACCUGCCAAGGAAGUGCUAGGAGUCCCUGGCCCCAGGGCUGAAGCCAACCUGUCUUACGCAGUAGCAAUAACCUAGAGACUCUUAUGUCUUAUCUCACAAGUUGAUUCACGGUGUUUUAUUGAUAAGCUAUACAAGUGUUGCCAAAGCUGAGACCUUGAGUUGUUGAGGGAGGCCGGGAGCAGGGCUGGUGGCCCCAAUCCCUGCUCUUGGGAUUUCUGAAAACAUAUCGAGUGCCAUUCCCCGCUGCAGAAAAUCCUUGUUGUUUGCUCCUAAUGAUUUUUACCGGAUCUGGAUUUUGAACUGAGAAUCUUAGGUGCAGCUGCAAACGGGUAGUGUUGUUGGUUGGGACUGCCGGCUGCGAGGGAAGGAGGGCAACGCUUUGCUAAGUCCUGGCUGAUCGGCUGGGCCCGGACUGGCAGAGAGGGAGAAGGGCUCCAGGCACCUGGAGGAAAUAUGGCUAACUCCAAAGGCAGGCCCAAAGCCGAGGUGCUGCAGAGCCAGCUUGAACAUCCUUGCUGGACGUGCAAAAUUGUUUGCACUUGCGAAAGGAAAGAGGGUGGGUGGUGGCCUGCAGAGGUUGGAUGCUGGCUGUUGUGGGUGGGCUGUACCUGCUGGGCUGGCCUGACCCUGCACUGCAGUGGUGUCAGUGCAACACUAUGGUAGCGCAGAGAAACACUGGCAGUGUUCAGCCUGGGCUCAGCACGGCUUCCCCGGUAGUGCUGCAUCCAGUGGCUGUGGUUGUGGGGGAGACAGGCUGUUUCCUCUCGGUGUGGGAGGUGGAAGAGGGUGGGCAGAUAGGGAAUGUCCUCUCCUUGCAGCUCCCCUCAUCUCACUGCCAGCUUCUUUGCAGUGCCCCUUUUGAAUAGCCACAUUAAAGUUUUACCCUGUCCUUUACCCUCCAGCUGCCAGUUUUAUGCCUCCUUCCUUUCCCCUUUGCACAUGGCUGUGCGGCAGAGCUGCUCUUUGGCGGUGGCUGGCCCUCCAUACCCUCAUCCUUUGUUCUCUUGAUCUCUGUGGGGUGCUGGAUUACUUUGUAAAUAUUUAAACUCUGCUUCUGUGGUUUCAUAAUCCUGACGGUAGGGGAAAUAAAUUUAUUUCUGUGGAUGUCUCCAA